GACUAGAUCUCUUGGAAAGCAUUACACUGCCUCCUGUUGCGAGCUGAUUAAACGUUAGCUUACUAGCCGUAACGUUAGUUAAUCACACUGACAGCUUGCCUGAAGAUACCGGCCCUACCGUAACGCUUGUUUACACUGAGCUGGACUGGGGUUGGAACGCAAUCAUGGUUACAUUUUACCAGAAGAUACUACUCCCCCAUUAAGCUUGUUUACACAAAGCUUAGAAUGCAAUCAUGGUUACAGGAUCCUGCCCUGAACUUAGCCACUGUUACUAGCGGGCUACCACCCAGUACCUUGCAUCUUAGAAACUGCUGCCCUAUGUACAUAGUCAUUGAACACUGGUCACUUUAAUAUUGUUUACAUACUGUUUUACCCACUUUAUAUAUAUAUGUGUGUAUAUAUUGCAUUCUGGUCAAGGCUCAUCCUAUAUAACUACUGCUGUACACACAUUUUAUAUUCAUAUACUGUCCAAUUGGCUGCCCGCAGAUCAAUUUCUUCCUUGGGGUGAACUCAGUCAUGGUCUCAACUUACUGUUGCGAGGUAGAAUACACAAGGUGCAAUUUUGAAAUUUGGUUGCGCAUCAACAGUUUUUCUCUUGUUAUAUCAGUCACUGAUGGUCAUCAAUUAGCCCAUGUCAGCAAAAUGUUUCUAUUGGUAAAUUAAUCUAGCAGCAAGCUAUCUAAACUUGUAUGUCGAAUUGGGGCCCUCAUUGAUUUUGUUAAUCAGUCUCACUCAGAUAUCAUAUUAAAAACUGCAUGCAUUUGUCUCCACCCCAUGGCAAAAUGAGUAGAAUUGCACGUAAUUAAAACACUGCGGCCCCUCAUGAGUUGUGGUUUUUGUUGUGUGGGGCCUCCACAUCAAAGUUGCCCAUCCCAGGUCUUUACACACCAACAUAUAUAUUUAUAUUCCGGACUCUGACAUUGCUCUUUUUAAUAUUUAUUUAAUUUUGGGGAUUUUUGUGUAUUGUUUGGUAUUACUGCACUGUUAGAGCUGUGAUAAAAUGUGUGUACGCGACCAAUAACAUUUGAUUUAAGACACCAUGGAGCUGUCGUGAGAUAUGGGUUGGAAAAUGUACCUCAAUGCAGGGAUCGGAUAUGCCGCUUUACUCCAAAUGUUACCUUUAUCCACACCGAUACAUUGAAAAGAUUGAAAUACUGCUAGUUUUCCUGGAAAACUUCCCUUUUCAUCCUCAUGCUAGCUAGCAGUAGCCACCGCAGCCAUUUUGGAAUGGCAGUUUCUUUGUCUUUGGUAUCAUGACAUUCGUACAAUUGUUUGGGCAUGCCGCCACCUACUGUGCGGUAGUGUGUGGUCGAUCACGUUACAUUUUGUGAUACAAAAAUAAAAAGGAAGAGGGAAAUGAAAGAAAUUCACCACCAACUUAACCCUACACCUAUAUACCACUAUUUCAUACAAGUAAAAAUCCACACCCCAUUCAACUACUUUGACCCUAACUGGUCCUACACCAGGCCAAUGGCAUGGGAGGACGGGACCCUUUUGUUCAACACACCGUAACUCUUCUGCAGUAAAACUCAAACACCCAAGUACUUCUCUGCAGCUGCCACCACAACAUCUAUUUUCUGUAAAUGACGUUCUAUUUCUGCAGUACAGUUGAUAACCAUGGCAAUGAACGCUAAGAAGCCAACCUUAUGAAGAACAAAUGCAUAUCACUCUGUAUUGGCCUAGCUCUACUCUACUGCUCACCCUUGACCCAUAAUCCUCUACUGUUUUCACUGCCUCAGCAUACUGCACCUUCUGUUCGACACUGGCCCUGGCAACCUCAACCUGUCUCUCUUGCACUGGGCACUUCUGAUUCCAAGCAACAUGGGAACCCCCACAAUUGACACACACAGUUUUUCCACUGAUACUACACAUUCCUUUGUCCCAUGUGCUCCUGCACACUUCUCACAUCUUGGAAUCUCCCUCCUACACACUGCUGCAAUAUGACCAUAAGCUUGACAUCUAAAACACCAUAGUGGGUUCGGCACAAAAGCUCUUACGGGAUAACUGACAUAUCCUAAUGUGACUUUGUCAGGUAAAGACUGCUUCAAAAUGACAGAGCGGGGCUUCUGUUUCACCACGCUCGCCACUGGGUCUGCGUCGCACCAAAUGGAGGGCGUCACAGACACAAGGAAUCUUCCAUUUCAGUUGUUCCACCUCAACAAUGAAUGCCACCCCAGUAAUCACUCCUUUCAAAGGCACACUGCCCCCAGAGAGCAAAGCAAGUCACAAGUCUUGUCCCUGGACAGAAAUAACACAAAGAUCAUCACAAGACCAUUUUUAGCUACCUUCACCAAUUUUAAAUGUACCUAACUUCUUUUCUAGCCAGCCUGGUACUACACAUGAGUCAGCCAAAAGGCAGGGAUCCACUUUCUCCAAAAAAGUAACUCCCACUGGGCCAAAAUUAUCCUUUUAAUGACCAUCCGGGCAAGGCUCUGACUCAGGUCUUCACCACACCUGUAACUGCAGGUAAUUCAUCCUCACUCUCGUCAGGUUACAUUUCUGAGCUACACUACAUGACCAAAAGUAUGUUAACACCUGCUUGUCAAACAUCUCAUUCCAAAAUCAUGGGCAUUUAAUAUGGAGUUGGUCCCCCCCUUGCAGCUAUGACAGCCUCCACUCUUCUGGGAAGGCUUUCCACUAGAUAUUGGAACAUUGCUGCGGGGACUUGCAACCGAGGACAGAUGAUUUUUUUGCACUUAAGCACUCUGCGGUCCCAUUCUGUGAGCUUGUGUGGCCUAUCACUUCGUAGCUGAGCCGUUGUUGCUCCUAGACGUUUCCACUUCAAAAUAACAGCACUUGCAGUUGACCUGGGCAGCUCUAGCAGGGCAGACAUUUUACAAACUGACUUGUUGGAAAUCUGGCAACCUAUGACAUGUUGAAGGUCACUGAGCGCUUCAGUAAGGCCAUUCUACUGCCGAUUGCAUGGCUUGAUGUCAUACACCUGUCAGCAAUGGGUGUGGCUGAAAUAGCUGAAUCCACUCAUUUGAAGGGGUGUCCACAUACUUUUGUAUAUACAAUACCAGUCAAAAGUUUGGACACCUACUCAUUCAAGGGGUUUUCUUUAUUUUACUAUUUUCUACAUUGUAACCAAAAACGUAUUAAAACAAAUCAAAAUACAUUUGAGAUUCUUCAAAGUAGCCACCCUUUUCCUUGACAGCUUUGCACACUCUUGGUGUCAACCAGCUCCAUGAGGAAUGCUUUUUCAACAGUCUUGAAGGAGUUUCCACAUGUGCUGAGCACUUGUUGGCUGCUUUUCCUUCACUCUGCGGUCCAACUCAUCCCAAACCAUCUCAAUUGGGUUGAAGUUGGGUGAUUGUGGAGGCCGGGUGAUUGUGGAGGCCAGGUCAUCUGAUGCAGCACUCCAUCACUCUCCUUGGUCAAAUAGCCCUUACACAGCCUGGAGGUGUGUUGGGUCAUUUGCCCUGUUGAAAAACAAAUGACAGUCCCACUAAGCGCAAACCAGAUGGGAUGGUGUAUCGCUGCAGAGUGCUGUUGUAGCCAUGCUGGUUAAGUGUGCCUUGAAUUCUAAAUAAAUAACUGACAGUGUCACCAGUAAAGCACCAUCACACCUCCACCUCCAUGCUUCACAGUGGGAACCACACAUGCGGAGAACAUCCGUUCACCUACUCUGCAUCUCUCAAAGACACGGCGGUUGUAACCAAAAAUCCCAAAUUUCGACUCAUCAGACCAGAGGACAGAUUUCCACCGGUCUCAUGUCCAUUGCUCGUUUUCCUUGGCCCAAGCAAGUCUCUUCUUAUUGGUGUCCUUUUAGUAGUGGAUUCUUUGCAGCAAUUUGACCAUGAAGGCCUGAUUCACGCAGUCUCUGAACAGUUGAUGUUGAUGUUGAGAUGUGUCUAUUACUUGAACUCUGAUGCAUUUAUUUUUUUGGGCUACCCUUGAAGAAACGGUCAAUGUUCUUGAAAUGUUCCAUAUUGACUGACCUUCAUGUCUUAAAGUAAUGAUGGACUGUUGUUUCUCUUUGCUUAUUUGAGCUGUUAUUCUUGCCAUAAUAUGGACUUGGUAUUUUACCAAAUAAGGCCAUUUUCUGUAUACCACCUCUACCUUGUCAGAACACAACUGAUUGGCUCAAAUGCAUUAAGAAGGAAAGAAAUUCCACAAAUUAACUUUUAACAAGGCACACUUGUUAAUUGAAAUGCAUUCCAGGUGACCACCUCACAAAGCUGGUUGAGAGAAUGCCAAGAGUGUGCAAAGCUGGUACUGUGUAGUGUAUCAAAGAAUACACAGUGCGGGUUUGUACUUGGCGCCAUUCUGCCUGAAACACAUCUUCCCUCUGCACUCCGCUCUUCUUUUUCUUCCUCGCUGUCCAUAAUGACGUCUGUCCGUUAACCAUGCUAUUGCAGUGCCUUCUUCCUCUGUAUUGCAUGCAGUGCACACACUGGGGGCUUUUUUCCAAAACCCAACCUCUGUUCCUUUGCCCAAAAGUCUGGCCAUCUCUGUACUCUCCAUGCUUGCUCAACCACGGAAUGGCAGUGUCAGCCAAUCAGCUCCUUUUGUUGUUCAACGCAACGUGCCAUUCCGUAAUGACUGCUGUGGCUGAGGGCGAAAGGGCAGUUUUCCGGGAAAACUAGCAGUAGCCUUCGAUCUUCUCAAUGGAGCAGUGUGGAUAAAGCAGGUGGAGGGAUGAGCCUCUUCCCUGUGAUUGGCACACACGUGCCGGAAGCAGCCAAUGGGGUGGAUACACCAGACUCCCCUGGAUCCUGCAGUGAGAAUGGCCCGCACACCUACGCCCCUACUACCCCCUCGCAGCUCCUGAAGUUUGGGGGCAGGGUACCAACGCCUGGGCACGGAUCCCUCGAUGGGACCCCUGGAGAGAUUGAGAACUGUGUGGAUGAAGAGAGAGCAUGCCAUGUACAAGAAGACCCCAUAGACACUCCUCACAACUACAUGUCCCAUUCGGACAAACAACACAAAGACACGCUCCUAGCACAGCCCUCCCGCCCCACUGCCACAUGCGCGGCAGACACAAACCCACACGCGGCCCCUCAAGACAUGUCCCUCACUGGACCCCUCCAAACAGAUGAGCCCCUAAAUGAUGUUCUGUCUAGAGACUCACAGCACACCGCCACCGCAACAGGCAUUCCAUCCAAAGACACAGCUCCACAGAGGGACACUCCCAGUGCAGACACACUUCAGUCAGAGACAGAACACACAGAGCCUUGUAACUGCUGUUCUGUAGAAACAGAGGAGGAGAAGCAGGAGGAGGAGAGUGAGGAGCAGCAUUCAGGAAACACCCAGGCUAAAGUCUCAGCUCAGCUUACAGAGGAGCCCUCAGCAGCAGCUCCCAGCCCAAGCUCUGCCCCAGCCAAGAGGAAUUCGUCAGACAGCAGCCCCUGCCCGCCCCACAUCAUGGCCCAGGUGCACGUGCGGAACGUCCCCGAGCGGGAGCGCAUCGUCCGGGGCAUGCAGGACAGCAAGAGUCUGGAUGAGAUCAGCCAGGCAUGCGGGGGAGGGGGCGGCGGCCGGGGGGGCCAACCAGAGGGCCGCAGGGCCACCAUCUCCUCUGCCCUGGAGCUGGAGGGAACAGUCAGCCACGACGGGGACCUGACCCACUUCAUCUGCCGCAACCUGGAGCAGAAGAUCAAGAUGAGCUCCAAGCCCAGCCUGGACUGUGACUGUGACUCGGACUGCUCGGGUUCCAUCAGUAGCAGAGGUCGGGGGUCGUCGUUGCGGCAGCCGGCAGACAUCCCUCCCAUCGACCCUGCUGUCCUGGUGGACCUACAGAGACACACUCAGGAUGUUGCCCACAGUGUGGAGCUGAUGAUGCGGAGCCUCAACGGAACCAUCCAGAACAUGACAGCGCUGAGUGUGGGAUACAUCCAAACCUACAGAGACUCAGUGGACAGCCUGGGGGAGUCUGUUGACAUGAGCAUAAAGGGAAUGUACACGCUGAUGGCGCGCUGUGAGGAGCUUGAUCGUUCCAUGCAGCCUAUCCACACCCUGGCUGCUCAGAUCCGUGACAUCAAGCGUACCCUGGAUGCCCUGGAAGCUGUCUGCAAGUAGCCCCUCCACCCUAGAGACCCUCGUCCACUGCAGACACUUUGCUAACCUAAUGACCCCCUUCCUCCCUGGAAUUACUGCUACUAAUCAUGCCAGCUUCGUGAUGAUCUACAUUACCCCCCUCUCCUCCCCCAUGGAGAUGACCUACUGCAAACCCCUCCCCACCCCUGAGAUCCUCGCUCGGCUAGGAGCCCUCCACCUGACAGAACUUGAAGGAAACGGAACACUUAAUGUAUUCCCGUCCGACCCACCUGGUUCAGAUUGCACUAACUGUUGCUGGCCACACGGUGGCACUCUCUCCCUUAAGUUAUCAUUACUUAUUGUGCAUCUAUUACUUUUAUUAUUUAGGGUUUUACUUUUCUAUUAUUUCUCAGUUUUCUUUAUCUGUAUUGUCGGGAAGGGCCUGUUGUUUAGGAAGCAUGUGCCGAAUAAGGUCUGAUUUGUAUGGAGCAUGAGCUUUAGGAACGGUUGUGAUAAGAUUUAGAUGUUAGUCACUUCUUAGGCAGGUUCCUGAAACUGCCUGUGGCAGGUUUUAAUAGUAACAUGAGACAGGUGAAGGUGUGGGGGUACAUAUUAUAUUGUAUAAAGGGCAGUCCCCCCAUGUUAUAUACCUGUUAGUUAACAGGCUGUUACCAACCAAAAGCCAUUCCCUGUAAAGCUCUCCUCUGGGUUCCCUGGAUAGUAUGUUGUGCUUUAGGAGACUGUAGUACCUUUUGUCAUGUCACAGGUUGGCUGGUAGGUAGGCCUGUCUCAAUUUGUAACAUAUCUAUUUGGCUUAAAUUGUGUUGCCAUGGUGAGAGGUUCUGGACAGCCGUUACAUGUAACAUGCUCUUACAGGACUUGUUUGCUACCAGAUGUCGUCAGACCUGCUGAAGCCCCACCUAGAUAAGGCAGCACUCGCACACUGGGUAUAAAAGGGGAUGGGCUGUAGGACUAUAGACUUUGGGGGGGACGCAUGUUUGUCUGGGGAGAGAGGGACGGCCUCCUCUAACUGCUCUUAAUAAUAUCUCUGUACAAUCAGAAGCACCUUUGUACAUAUAUCUUUCUGUAACAAAAAAAUGAUUUAUCUACCCUUUGUCCUAAGUGUAUAUUUUAAGAAAAAUAACACAUUUACAUGAGCUGCAAAGAGUAGCUGUCUGUUUCUGUUCCUUGUUUGGUUGUGAUGACAUGAGUGCAUAGAUAUAGGACAUCUAGAGUGCAUCCAAUACAUUUUGUAUAAAAUAUUAGUAGUAAUGUUGAAUGGUGAAGUAAUCUCAGUUGAUAUGACUGCAGAAACAUGUUGUAGAAUGUGUGGUUGCAUUGUGUUUGAGGAAACCAACUUGGGAACCAUAUUACAACAAAGCCAUUCACAUGUAAGGAGUAGAGAGAAGAAAAGUAUGCAGAUUAACAAAAAAUAUUACAUUUGUGUCAUUUAGCGGACACUCUUUUUUUUUAUUUUAAUUUUUAUCCCAUUUUCUCCCCAAUUUUCGUGGUAUCCAAUCGCUAGUAAUUACUACCUUGUCUCAUCGCUACAACUCCCGUACGAGCUCGGGAGAGACGAAGGUCGAAAGCCAUGCGUCCUCCGAAGCACAACCCAACCAGCCGUACUGCUUCUUAACACAGCGCGCCUCCAACCCGGAAGCCAGCCGCACCAAUGUGUCGGAGGAAACACCGUGUACCUGGCCCCCUUGGUUGGCGCGCAUUGCGCCCGGCCCGCCACAGGAGUCGCUGGAGCGCGAUGAGACAAGGAUAUCCCUACCGGCCAAACCCUCCCUACCCCGGACGACGCUAUGCCAAUUGUGCGUCGCCCCACGGACCUCCCGGUCGCGGCCGGCUGCGACAGAGCCUGGGCGCGAACCCAGAGACUCUGGUGGCGCAGUUAGCACUGCGAUGCAGUGCCCUAGACCACUGCGCCACCCGGGAGGCCUUUAGCGGACACUCUUAUCCAGAGCAAUUAGGGCUAAGUGCCUUGCUCAAGGGCACAGUGACAUACUUUUCAUCUAGUCUGCUUGGGGAUUCGAACUAGCGACGUUUCAGUUACUGGCCAAAUGCUCUUAACCACUAGGCUACCUACCACCCCAGAAACAUCCAGUACUGCCCUGUUAUGAAGUGAACACACACAACUGUCGACGAUACAAGAAAGGAUGGCAAUGUUAACCGCAUCCUAUGAAUAAAAUGUGUAUUUGUUUGUUUAUCCAAUACAGACCCCAAAAAAUUAUCCACUUUCCAAAAUAAAAGUAUUUUCAGAUUUCA